UGCUUUCCUCUGGGUCUCUAUCUCUCUCUCUCUCCCUCCAAGCCCAUUGUCCAGCCGAGCUGCCCGCGGGGUCUCCUCUGAUUGGCUGCGGCGGGCGUCGCUCGGGCGCCCCCUCCCCUGCCUGCCUCCCUCGCGCCCUCCCCGGCGGACCAGCCCUCUCUGCGCUGUUGCAACCUGGGCGCAUCUGCCGCGCUCGCUCCUGCUGGAUGCGGAGGGCGCCGCUGCCGCCGCUGCUGCUGCCGCCGCCGCCUCUGCUGCAUGGGGGAAGCGCCGCCCGCGCGGCAUUGUUCCCCCCUCGGCCCAGAGCCCCCCCGCCGCCGCCCCCCCGGGCAAGAUGAUGAAGUUUCGCUUCCGCCGCCAGGGCCACGACCCCCAGCGGGAGAAGAUCAAGCAGGACCUCUUCGCCUUCAACAAGACUGUGGAGCAUGGAUUCCCCAACCAGCCCAGCUCCUUGGCCUUCGACCCCAAGCUACGAAUCAUGGCCAUCGGCACCAAAUCGGGAGCGGUGAAAAUAUACGGAGCUCCUGGCGUGGAAUUCACAGGCCUACAUAGGGAAACGGCGACAGUCACCCAGAUGCACUUUCUACCUGGACAGGGCCGGCUGCUGUCUCUCCUUGACGACAACACCCUCCACCUUUGGGAGAUUUACCAGAAAGAUGGCUACUCUCACUUGGAGGAGACCCAUAGCUAUGUCCUCCCCGGACGUCCAGGGUUCGACACCGCUAACUCCCCUCCCAGCAUCACCCGGGUGACGGUCAUCUUGCUGCGGUCAAGCUGUGACGUGGCCUACCUCGGCACGGAAGGGGGCGGCAUCUACUUCCUGGAACUUCCCGGCUUGACGCUGCAGGAGGACAGGACUCUGUACCAAGACGAAGUCCUGCAGAGCGUCCCCGAAGACUACCGAUGUGGGAAGGCGCUUGGUCCGGUGGAAUCUCUGCAGGAACACCCCAAAGAUCCUGCCAAGAUCCUGAUUGGCUACAGCAGAGGCUUGAUGGUUCUUUGGGAUGGAAGCACGAGGGAAGCUGAGCACCUCUUUCUGGGCAACCAGCAGCUGGAGAGCCUUGGAUGGGAGCGGAGCGGCCAGACAGUUGUGAGUUCUCACAGCGACGGAGGCUACGCCGUGUGGCCGGUGACGGGCGGCUCGCCAAAGACCCUCCAGCCGGCCACCUCCACUAUCCCUUACGGUCCCUUCCCAUGCAAAGCUAUCAACAAGAUUGUCUGGCAGACGUGCGACUCAGGGAGCCCCUACAUCAUCUUCAGUGGGGGGAUGCCCAGGGCCAGUUAUGGAGACAGGCACUGCGUCACCAUCCUGCAAGGACAGACCUUGGUCACCCUUGAUUUCACCUCGCGUGUCAUCGACUUCUUCACCGUGUGCAACACAGAGGUAGAGGAGGAGUUCGACAACCCAACCGCCUUGGUGGUCCUGGUGGAGGAGGAGCUGGUGGUCAUUGACCUGCAGACGCCGGGCUGGCCCACCAUUCCUGCCCCGUACCUGGCCCCGCUCCACUCCUCAGCCAUCACCUGCUCCUACCACAUCUCCAACAUCCCCCUGAAGCUGUGGGAGAGGAUCAUCAGCGCAGGAGAAGACCAGAGCCCUCGCCUCUCCUUUGUGCAGAACUGGCCCAUCAACGGAGGAAGGAGCCUCGCGCAGGAACCCACCCAACGGGGGCUUCUGUUGACCGGGCAUGAAGAUGGCACAGUCCGGUUCUGGGACGCUUCGGGAGUCUCCCUCAAGCCGCUGUACAAGCUGGGCACGGCCAACAUUUUCCAGACGGACUGUGAGCACAACGACAGCCUGAACCAGUCUUGCGAGGAGGACUGGCCGCCCUUCCGGAAGGUUGGCUGCUUCGACCCUUACAGCGAUGACCCCAGGCUGGGGAUUCAGAAGAUUGCUCUGUGCAAAUACACAGCUAAGAUGGUGGUGGCUGGCACAGCAGGGCAGGUGCUGGUGAUGGAGCUCGCCGACGAAAAGUCGGAGCACCUGAUCAACGUGGCCGUGGUCGACCUCCUCCAGGACCGCGAGGGCUUCACGUGGAAGGGCCACGACCGCCUCGCCCCCAAGAACGGCUCCCUCGCCUGCCCCGGCUUCCAGCCCUGCGUCCUCGUCCAGUGCAUGCCCCCGGCGGCCGUGACGGCCGUCACGCUGCACUCCGAGUGGAACCUGGUGGCUUUCGGGACCAGCCACGGCUUUGGGGUGUACGAUUACUACCGGAGGAACUCUGUGCUGGCCAGGUGCACGCUGCACCCCAAUGACUCCCUCGCCAUGGAGGGGCCUCUUUCUCGGGUGAAGUCCCUGAAGAAGUCUCUCCGGCAGUCCUUCCGCAGGAUCCGAAAAAGCAGGGUGUCCGGGAAGAAGAGGGUCAACACCAGCAGCCCCUCGAGCAAGGUGCAGGAGGCAAAUGCCCAGCUGGCUGAGCAGCCCGGCCCCCACGAGGUGGAGAUGACCCCCGUCCAGCGGCGGAUUGAACCCCGCUCGGCCGACGACUCGUUGUCGGGAGUCGUGCGCUGCCUCUACUUCGCUGAUACCUUCCUCCGAGACGCUGCGCAUCAUGGGCCCACCAUGUGGGCCGGCACAAACUCUGGCUCGGUGUUUGCCUAUGCCCUGGAGGUCCCUUCGCAGGAGAAGUUUUCCGAGCGCUCGGUGGAGGCGGUCUUGGGCAAGGAGAUCCAGCUCAUGCACAGAGCGCCCGUGGUGUCGAUCGCCGUCUUAGACGGCCGGGGGAACCCUCUGCCGGAACCGUACGAGGUCUCGCGGGACCUGGCCAAAGCCCCCGACCUGCAGGGCAGCCAUUCAGUGCUCAUCGCCUCAGAAGAGCAGUUCAAGGUCUUCACGCUGCCCAAAGUCAGCGCCAAAACCAAGUUCAAGCUGACGGCCCACGAGGGCUGCCGGGUACGGAAAGUGGGGCUGGUGAACUUUGUUAGCGCGGCGUGCGAGGACUACGCAGAGAACUGCCUCGCCUGCCUCACCAACCUUGGGGACAUCCACGUCUUCACGGUGCCCGGUCUGCGGCCGCAGGUGCACUACGACUGCAUCCGGAAGGAGGACAUCAGCGGAAUCGCCUCGUGCGUCUUCACCAAACACGGGCAAGGCUUCUAUUUGAUCUCUCCGUCGGAGUUUGAGCGAUUCUCCCUGAGCACCAGGAAUAUCACGGAGCCACUGUGUGGGCUGGACACAAGCCGUGUGCACGACUCCACCUGCCUCGGGAACAACUUCACAGCAACGCCGAAACUGAACCAGGCCAACGGGACUCACGUCCUCCAAGGAUCAGAGGCCAGCCAUUCCCUUGCCAGCAGCGACCGGUCUCCGGAUGAACACCAAGCUUCUUUCUCUCCAACGCCAGUGGAUUCACCGAAUAACAGCAUCGACACCCCACUGGAUACCACCGGAGACAUCACCGCUGAGGAAGUGAAGGAUUACUUGGCGCCAUCGGAGGAAGCAGAGAGAAAUCUGAGGAACAUAAAUGAGGACGAGGCUCGUUCCCCAAGGAUCUUGAUCAAAUGAGGUACCACACAAGGUCCCAUUGGCCUGUUUUGGCGCUCGACGCUCCCCCAGGGACAAAAGACUUUUGACUGUGUGGUAACAGACCGUUGGUCUUUCCUAUUCCUCUCCUUCCAGAGACCCUGUUCUGCAUUUUCUUCCUUUUUCUUAAUUACAAAGAGUCAUAACGUUUUUCUACCGCACGGCCUGGAAGUGGACUCAUGAGGAAGAUUUCUUCGUGUUGGGGGUCUCCCCUAUCACCUCUUCCUCGGUACCUCUCCCAAGUUUGCAAUCACCAACUUCUUCUUUUUGGAAAAAAAAUGAAGAAAAGGAAAAUGUGCCAACUUCUUCGACAGGACCAAGUUGUCUCUUCCGUUGCACAAAAAACACACACUAAAACUCUUAAAACCUUUUCCUAAAAAAGCAAAAACGAGACACAAGGUGGGCGCAUGGGAGGGGCCUGCCUGUGGCGUCAGGAUUCCACCGAGACUGAACCAGCCUCUCUUUGGCCGAGGUAUCAGCAUCAAACUUUGCACGAAAAAGGAGCCUUUUUUAGAUAUAUACAGACACACUUGACGGAUGGUUUUGUUUCUGCUUCCUGGUACACCUCUCUGAAACCUCUUGGGAUUGAGUGGCUGAAUUGCUCUGUUUACAUACUUCCAGAUUCUCCUUUCCCCCUUUUUUCUGAGAGCUUUUCCCACCCCAUCCCACCCUACUUCUGGCAACUUCUUGCAUCAGCCGGCUGGGGAAACAGGCCUUGAUCUUAUGGCAAAAUGCCUCCCACUUUUGCGGUGCUAGCGGGGAACUCUUUGGAGAAGAGCCCAACCUGAAGAAAUUCUUUUGUAAUACUGGCGGAAAGUUGUUAUUUUGUUCUUGGCUUGCAGAGAACAUUUUGUCUAGCUGGGCAGAAGGGUUUUCUUUCAGCGGCGCAGCUGUACAAAUUGGGUGCGCAAGAGGCAGGUUUUCGGGAAACGGAUCUACGAGGAAACCCACCUGCAGCUGCACAUCUUCCCUCCAUGUGGUUGAAGUUCUAACCAGCCGCUCAAGAGAGCUCUUGUUACCUCUGCAUGGCUGCAAGCUUCGCACCGAUUAAGAAAACGUCCGAGUGAAUUUCCUGCGUCUCCUGUUUGAUGGCGUCCCCUGAUCCUCCUUUUCUAGGAACUGUGCAUUUUUUUAGGGUGGGGGGAAGGAGGAGGAGAGGUACAUGAAGGGACACUGGAAAUAUGGAACUCAUAAAGUACAAGUGUUUGCAUCUCGCACUGCAGUGCUCUUUAGGAGCUGUGCCAUUUGCUUUCUCAGCCUUAUCUGAAAGGAUGGCCUUCAAGGUGUUGUGAGACGACAUCUCCCAUCACCCCUGACCCUUGGCCUUGCUGGCUGCUGGGAGCUAAGAGUCGAGCAAUAUUUGGAGGGUCACAGGUUCACCCCCCCCCCGACCCAAGGAGCAUUGGGUCCAGUAAUUACCACAAGGCAGCAACUUCCUUCCUGAAAUUUUGGCUUGCUAAUUUUGACACCUUCUGUUUGAUGCCAGCCCUGUGACCCAUGUAUAGAGCAAUGACGUGGCAAAAUACUCAGAUGACAUGCCUUUUAUUUCUUGCCGAGUGAUCUUCAGGUGGGUUUAGGAAGCAGGCUGGUAUGCCGUGGGACUUUGGCGGCAGGUUCAAAAGUGUACUGCUAUGCACACGUGGCCCUGUGGUGACACAUUUAUUACAUUAUAUUUCUGCUGGUUGGUUGGCGAGAGUUAUGAUCAUGCACUGGUGUUUGAAGCCAGUGAGUUUAACACAAGCAGCUAGAUCUGUUUUUGUUUUUUUGUUUGCCUAGUGUGUUAUUAUUUACUCCUUGUCUCCUCCUUUUGCCGCCUCUUAAAAUCUCCCCCCUUAACAGAGAGAGGGGAAUCUGUGCCUUCCAGAUGUCCAGCCAUCAUGGUCAGGGAUGAUGGAAGUUGUGGUCCAUCGACAUCCGGAGAGCCCAAGCAUCUUCGGUGCAUCUGUCAGGCAGAGAGGCUGCGACACCUUGUUUCCCCCACCUGAUUCUGUCCCUCGUGUCACAUUUUCAUUUAUUUAUGAAUCCUGAACUCGAAAGGGCUCCAAGUCACCAGCUCCAGCCCACCCUCUGAAAACAGCUGCCGAAUCCUGUUUUGCCAUUAAAAGGCAGCCUUUCUUUUCCAGCCAAGCAGUGGGAUGUUGGAAAUCUGUAGGACCUUAUUUGUGUCGAAAGGUGGGACUCUCUUCCCAGCCCCUGGAGUUUUGUAAUCCGCUUGAGGUUUUUUGGAGAAUGGAUUUGGAGAUGGUUGCAUGCAAUGACUACUUCAAGUCGUGCUCUCCUGUGUUUGGGUGAGCCACCUAAAUCAUCCAGCUGCAUCUUGCAAGGGGCUACGCCUGGACUUACCCCUCUUCCUUUGCCUGUGGAAAGCCAUGUGCUUCUCGCAGGUGGGCGGAGUGUGUCAGGCAGCCUUUAAUACGGGGGUGGGGAACCAGCAUCCCUCGAGAUGAUGUUGCACUCCAAUUCCCAUCAUCCAGCAUGGCCCUUGCUCGAGAAUGAUGGGCGUUGCAGCCCAGCAAACACUUGGAAGGCCCAGAAUUUCCUCCUCUACCUCUGCUUUAAUAAGCAGUCAUCACCUACCUGUGUUUCUUUGGCAUUACCUCCUGGCAGAAGCUCUGGGCCUUUGCAGCAUGUUUUGUGGCCAAGGUAACCUUUGCAGCAACGAAGUACUGAGUUCUGGUCUUGGCUUGUUCUGUUUCUUUCUUCUUUCGCUGAGGUCUUACAGUACGAGUUGUUUCCUCGUUUUUUGUUCCCACCGCUGACAUUUUGGUGCCAAGAAAAGUUUGGCCAAGUGGGAGAGAGGGGAGCCAGCCGCUAUAUAUAUUUGUAAAAUUGGAUUUCGGACAGGUACAGACGCUGGCUCAGGCCUGGAACACGGAGCGGCUUUCUCCAACUGGGGCUUCUGGGAGUUGUAGUCCAGAACAUCUGGAAGGCAGCAAGUUGGCGAAAGCUGGUAUUAAGUCUUAAAAUAGUGCGGGCUCUGCCUUAGAUUGUGGCUGUCUGUUCCAUGCGUGGGAUCAUUUCCUCGCUGCUUAAUGCCCAGACGUUGCCUCCUGAUAAUGACGUUACAUGAAACUCUUUGUCAGACUUUUUUUUUUUUGGUACGGUUUGAUUCCUCGCACCCUCCCCCCAAAACCCAGGCGUGCAUGUGUGAGUGUGUGAUUUUGCACGGGUGCGCAUGUUUGUGAGCGAAUGACAGAGCGGAGUUCUAUAGUGGAAACGUGCCAUUGUGUGUCUUAAUUUUUUUUUUUUGGCAGACUUAAUUGAGGAAGGGAGUUGGGGGGGGUUAGUUUCCUUGGUAGAAUGUACCCUCUCUGUUGGGACCUUCUUUGUUUUGCUCAGAUGACGGAUUUAGCAUUGUUUAGUUAUUAAUACAGGUUUUUAAUAAUGGAAAAAAAUAAAGCAUUUAAUAAUAUCUUAA